AUGGGCGAGCGGAGGAGGCGCGCGACCGCUGCUUCCCUCGGGGGUGGCGGUGGCGGUGGCGGUGGCGGUGGCGGCGGUGGUAGUAUUGCGCCUGCGCGGGCCGAGGAGGGCAAGGCCACGGCGGCGCCGGGGAAGGCGCCACCGCCGACGGUGUGGUUCGCGCUCAAGCGGUCGCUGCACUGCCGCUCCGAGCCGUCGGAGGUUCACGUGCCGCGUGCCAAGGCCGGACCCGUCGCGGGCGGGGGCGGAGGCGGCCACCUGUCGUCGAUCGUCACCAAGCGCGCCACCACGCGGUCGGGUUGCUCGCGCUCCAUCGCCAACCUGCGGGACGUGAUCCACGGGAGCAAGCGCCACCCGGGGCAGCCGCCCAGCAGCUGCAGCCCGCGGUCGAUCGGCAGCAGCGAGUUCCUCAACCCCAUCGCGCACGAGGUCGUGCUCAGCACCAACUCCCGCUGCGAGCUCAAGAUCACCGGCUGCGGCGCGGCGGGCUGGCGGCCGUCGGGCGGCUCCGUGCGGGGCGGCGGCGGCGCGCGCUGCACGCCGCCGAGGUCCCCGAACGUGCUGCUCGAGAGGAACGGCCCCGUGGCGAACGGGAACGGGCACCGCGCGUCCUGCGACGAAACCGGCGCCAAGCACGGCGCCGGCAAGGGCUCCUCCGGUGGGCUCAGCUGCCACAGGUGCGGCGAGCAGUUCAGCAAGUGGGAGGCGCUGGAGGCGCACCACCUCUCCAAGCAUGCAGUGACGGAACUGGUGGAAGGGGACUCGUCGCGGAAGAUCGUGGAGAUCAUCUGCCGGACGAGCCUGCUCAAGUCGGAGAGCAGCUGCGUUCGGAUCGAGCGGGUGUUCAAGGUGCACAACACGCAGCGGACGCUGGCCCGCUUCGAGGAGUACCGCGAGGCCGUGAAGCUCAAGGCGAGCAAGCUGCCCAAGAAGCACCCUCGCUGCCUCGCCGACGGCAACGAGCUGCUGCGCUUCCACGGCGCCACGCUCUCGUGCGCGCUCGGCGGCGGCGGCGGCGGCGGCUCCGGCUCCUCCAGCCUCUGCGCCUCCGACAAGUGCGCCGUGUGCCGCAUCAUCCGGCACGGCUUCUCCGCCAAGAAGGAGGGCAAGGCCGGCGUGGGCGUGUUCACCACGUCCACCAGCGGCCGCGCGUUCGAGUCCAUCGAGGCCGGCGACGACGGAGCUGACCAGCAGCUGGGCACCACCACGCGCAGGGCGCUGCUGGUGUGCAGGGUCAUCGCCGGCCGCGUGCACAAGCCGCUGGACAACAUCAAGGAGUUCGUGGGGCAGACGGGCUUCGACUCUCUCGCCGGCAAGGUCGGCCCCUACUCCAACAUCGAGGAGCUGUACCUGCUGAACCCGAGGGCGCUGCUCCCGUGCUUCGUGGUCAUCUGCAAACCGUAG